GACUACAUUUAUUUCAUGUAAUAUACAGACUGUGUCCAUCCUCAUCAUCUCUACCAAUGAUAGUUUUAUACAGAAUAUAAAUUUUUAGAUUUUUAGAAAUUCUGUUAGGUAUAAUUAGGAAACCAGAUCAUUUUAAUCAUAAAUUUCCUGACAAAUAAAAAUAAAAAUGUUGUUAUAAAAAAAGAAAAAGAAAAAUAAAUACAUCGGAUGUGUUUAUAAAUACCAUUGACAGAAGAAAACAAAACAACAGCCAAGAGAAAUAGAAACCGUAACAGAGAAAGAGUACGAGCGGCUUACCAAGACAGCAGCACCCAUGUUAGCAUCAGAAGCCCCCAAGACAAACGCUGCCAUGGAAACGCAAUCUGCUGCCAACGGCGGUAAAAAACGAAGAAAACGCAACCGCAAAAUCUGUAUCUGCGUCACUCUCCUCAUCCUCCUCCUCAUCUUUAUCACUCUCCUCGUCUUAGGCCUCACUCUCUUCAAACCCAAACGCCCAAUCACAACCGUCGAUUCCAUCUCCGUAGAACGCCUCCAAGCUUCCAUCGACACUCUAAAUCUCAAAGUCAUCCUAAACCUAACGCUCCACGUCGACCUCACGUUAAAAAACCCUAACCGGGUCGGGUUCAGCUUCGGUUCGUCGUCGGCGUUGCUUAACUACGGAGGGAAAUUGAUCGGAGAGGCGCCGUUCCCGGCGAGUCAAAUCGGGCCGGAGAAAACGCUGCCUAUGAACGUAACGCUGACGUUGAUGGCGGAUCGGUUACUUACCGACACGAAGCUUGUUAGUGACGUUAUGUCUGGGUCAAUCCCGGUCAACACUUUUGUUAAGGUCUCCGGGAAAGUAAGCGUUUUGAACAUCUUCGAGAUUAAAGUAGAGUCCUCUUCUUCGUGUGAUAUCGUCAUCUCUGUUUCGAAUCGUAACGUGACGAGUCAAGACUGUAAGUCUUCAACUAAGCUGUGAGAUCAUAUUCUUCCGACACUAAGAGGAACAUGAAGCUUAAGUUAACUUAUAGUAGAUCUACUCCACUUUUGUCUUCUUGCUUUUGAAAAUCUUUUAUCUUGUGUUAUGUAUUAUUGGUUUAUUAUUAUUUUUUGCUUUUUAGAACAAAUAAAAUCAAAUUUAUUCGCCAACGUAUCAACGUAACAGAUGGCUAUUUAUUCAACUUUUUCAUAUAAGAAAAACGUCAAAAGGAAAUAUAUCCGAUUUUAAUUACUACUAUCGUAUAAUAUUUAAUGGAGGGAGGCAGACUGUAAGGAAAUAGUUAGUAGUUCAAAUUGCAUUCAAAGCAAUUCUUCUUCACCUAAAUCUAUAAUGCAUAUAUAUGUGGUCUUCCUUUUUUGGGCAAAUAUACGGGAACUUAUCUACAUAAAUACAUUAUAUGUGUGGUUUUCAAGCUCUGCAAAAUAUAAAACUCAUCCACAACCAAAAGACAUUGUUGUUUGGUCAUGACCAGGGUUAAACGUAAACCCAGACGGUGCGUUUGCUGCAUAGUCUCUGGUAUCGUCACUGUUGUCUUCCUUAUUUUUAUCAGUGCCUUGAUCUUGGCAUUCACCACUUACAAAGCCAAAACAAAAGACAGAUGAUUCGGAUCCAGUCACAAGCGUACAGGCAUCUCCUCGCAUAUAGUAGUUGUCUAUAUUCUUGUGAAGAUUUGUCUGAGUUUCAAACAUGAGACAGGGAAGACAUUAGUUUGUAUACAGGGAGAAGCAAGUGAGUAAAAUUGAUCUUCCCUCAGACUGAAGUGGCAUAGGUGGAAAGAUUAUGUUGGAAACAAAGACAGAUCCCAGAGAAAAUCAAGUUGUUGGGACAUCUUCAAGAAACACACUUAGUUGCUAGCUAUAUUGUCUGAUUGCAAGAUCACCAUUGACUUCCCUUCCACGAAAGUGUAGAGUCAAGACUCUGAUUGUAUUCCUUCAUUGUUGUCCUUAGCUUUCAUUCUUUUCACUCCACUUGAAUUUUUUGUAUCUUGUUUGAAUUUUUUUUGCAAGUACAUAUGUUAGAUCUAUGACUGCUUAUUUUCA